AUGGCAGACGAAGUUUACGAUGGCGCGAUCGGUAUUGAUCUUGGUACCACCUACUCGUGUGUGGCCAACUACGAGGGUGCCAGCGUCGAGAUCAUCGCCAACGAGCAGGGAAGCUUCACCACCCCAUCUUUCGUUUCCUUCACCGCAGAGGAGCGUCUGAUUGGUGAGGCCGCCAAGAACCAGGCUGCUAUGAACCCAGAGAACACCGUCUUCGAUGUCAAGCGUCUGAUCGGUCGCCGAUUCGAUGACCCGACUGUCAAGAAGGACAUCGAGUCAUGGCCCUUCAAGGUUGUGGAACAAGGCGAGAACCAGCCACACGUUCAAGUUCAGUACUUGGGCGAGACCAAGACAUUCUCUCCACAAGAGAUCUCCGCUAUGGUCCUUGGAAAGAUGAAGGAAGUUGCCGAGACCAAGUUGGGCAAGAAGGUUGAGAAGGCUGUCAUUACCGUUCCCGCCUACUUCAACGACAACCAGCGUCAGGCUACCAAGGAUGCCGGCGCCAUCGCUGGUCUCAACGUCCUCCGCAUCAUCAACGAGCCGACCGCUGCCGCCAUUGCCUACGGCCUCGGUUCUGGCAAAUCUGACAAGGAGCGCAACGUGCUCAUCUACGAUCUCGGCGGAGGAACCUUCGACGUGUCUCUCCUCCACAUCCAGGGCGGCGUCUUCACUGUGAAGGCCACUGCCGGCGAUACCCAUUUGGGCGGUCAAGAUUUCGAUACCAACUUGCUCGACCACUGCAAGAAGGAGUUUCUCAAGAAGCAGAAGAAGGACAUCUCCGGCGACGCACGUGCCCUCCGUCGUCUACGAACUGCUUGCGAGCGUGCCAAGCGUACCCUGUCCAACGGAACUCAGACUACCAUCGAGAUCGACUCCCUCUUCGACGGCGAGGACUUCAACACCAACAUCACCCGUGCCCGUUUCGAAGACAUCAACGCCAAGGCUUUCAACGGCACCAUCCAGCCAGUCGAGCAAGUCCUUAAGGACGCAUCGAUCGAGAAGAGCAAGGUUGACGAGAUCGUGCUUGUCGGUGGUUCUACCCGUAUUCCAAAGAUCCAGAAGCUCCUUUCCGACUUCUUCAACGGCAAGAAGCUUGAGAAGAGCAUCAACCCCGACGAGGCUGUCGCAUAUGGUGCCGCUGUCCAGGCUGGUAUCCUCUCCGGCAAGGCCACUUCCGCCGACACCGCCGACCUUCUGCUCCUCGAUGUCGUCCCACUUUCGCUGGGUGUCGCCAUGGAGGGCAACAUCUUCGCUCCAGUCGUCCCACGUGGCCAGACAGUCCCUACUAUCAAGAAGGUACACUACACUCAGUUUCUUCUGUUUUCUGUUUCGUAUUUCUUCUGUUGCAAAAUUCUCACUGCCAGGAAAUCUGGAGGACCACCGAACAUCUGCGAAAUCAUACCUAUACCGGUCUGGACAAGAAGAACGCCACCGCCGCAUUGGCAGCGUACCUUUACCACGGUUGCCGACAAUCAACAAACCGUACAGUUCCCGGUCUUCCAAGGUGAGCGGGUGAACUGCGAGGACAACACCUCCCUCGGAGAGUUCACUCUCGCACCUAUCCCACCAAUGAAGGCUGGUGACGCAGUCCUCGAGGUCGUCUUCGAAGUCGAUGUCAACGGUAUUCUCAAGGUCACAGCAACUGAGAAAUCCUCUGGUCGUUCCGCCAACAUCACCAUCUCCAACUCCGUCGGCAAGCUCAGCAGCGCCGAGAUCGAGAAGAUGGUUGAGGAUGCCGCCAAGUUCAAGACCAGCGACGACGCUUUCAGCAAGAAGUUCGAGGCCCGCCAACAGUUGGAGAGCUACAUCAGCAGAGUCGAGGAGAUCGUGUCCGACCCGACAAUGAGCAUGAAGCUCAAGCGUGGCCAGAAGGAGAAGAUUGAGAGCGCUCUGUCCGACGCCAUGGCUCAGCUCGAGAUCGAGGACGCAGGCAGCGACGACCUCAAGAAGAAGGAGCUUGCGCUCAAGCGUGUGGUCACCAAGGCCAUGUCCACCCGGUAA